AAAUAAUCUGGCUGGACGGGCAGACGGUGAUCAGUUUUUUUUUCCGUUUUUUCGCGUUUCUUGCAAUUUUUCAGUGAACUUACGAUUUUCAUUACCAUUUUUUUUUCUAAAUUACCACGCAGAAAAUGUUCUCUCUUCCGAUUGAACAUGAAAAAUCUUGCUUGCUCCUUGCUUCCGUCGAGAUCGCUAGCCACCCAUCAGCAAAACGCAAAAUGGAGAAAAUUUUCCUCCAAAUACUCAACCGCUACCAUCCCCGUGUGGCACCAGCUCCUACACCGUGGAUCGUGUUUGCCAUCAACGAAAUGUUUUUCGUGGGCACAUUGGAGCUAAUCGAAGUAGAACUGGCACUCAAAUAUGACAUCGGACUUGGAUCCGGGGGACUUCCUCUAGAUGUCUACCGCCGGCCAAUUGCCCUUGUUGUAGAUGUUACGGCUUUGGAAGCUGACGAUGAGCUGUCCGAUUCAUCGUCUGUUGAAAUUGUGUCGGUGUGCGACGAAGUUAUCAUUGAUCUGACGCUCUCGACAGAUGAGGAAGUCACCUGCCGGCAGAAACGGAAACGCAAGCGAGUCAACAAGACUCGAAAACGACAAAGACUGGAAGAUACGGGUUCGACUGAUGAUGAGCCGGAGUUUUGGAUCGAUUUGAUGGACAUGGACGAUAAUGAGAACUUUAAUAGUGGUGUAUUGCAGCCAUAUGAUCUGAAGUGCUCGUCCCCUAUUCCCGAACAUUGGUCACCACUUGAAAACGCAUUCAGCAUAACCAACCUACGUGUUGGUAUAUUCUGUCCUCGCCCAUUCCGUUCUCGAUUGAUGAACGCUAUAAUGAACGCGAUGGAUAAUAUGCAAGAUUGCGAACCGCAUCCCCAAUAUAAACGUAAUGGCUUUUCAUUGGACACUUUGUGGUUCUUGGCCGCUAAUGAAUAUUCGGCAUUGUGGAUGAUUUCAACCGUCGAACAAAUAUCAAAGAAAAAGUAUUGGCGUCGAGCCUGUCUGAUAGUCGAACCAUGGAGCAGUAAAUUUGUCGUGAAAAAUGUCCUACAGCUAACGCUUCCUUGGAAGCAAUAUCGGGGCAACAAAAAGGCAAAGGUGAUCGAACGUCUCCGGAAAGCAAACUUGAUGCACGGAUCGAACCGCUGGAAUCUUAUCGGUUGUAAGUUAGGAAACUUGAAAAUCCAAGUAACGCUGGCCGUCAACGAAGAGACGAUGGAUUCAUUGAAGCGAACUCAGUUUUACAUAUUCUAUGGGUUCAGUCAGUACCGCUGCCAGGUCGUAAAAACUGCAUUGAAGUAACAGAAGAAGCGUAAUGGGUAUUCUCUUAUCUUAGACUACAAGAUAUCUGAUCCAUUUUAAUUAACUUUUUACAAGGUUUUAAAAACGUUGCUAUUAAUUAAUUCCUUCAAUAAAUAUCGUAAUUUGAUAGAUGUUAAUAAUGCAAAUAUCCUGCCUCAUACACUUAAAAUAAGAUACACCAG